AUGGCUCGGGUUUUUGCUUUGGCCGCGGCAGCGGCAUCCUUCUACCAACUCGCAUUAGGCCAAAACACCAACUGUACAGCGGUCGGAUCGGGCCAGACAUACGAUUACAUCGUGAUUGGCUCUGGUGCAGGUGGAAUUCCCAUUGCGGAUCGCUUGAGUGAAGCAGGGCACUCGGUGCUUCUCCUCGAGAAAGGCCCACCAUCAAGUGGUAGAUGGAAUGGAACAAUGAAACCUACAUGGCUAGAGGGGACUAAUCUGACUCGUUUCGAUGUUCCUGGUCUAUUUAACCAGAUCUGGCAUGACCCCACCGGCGUCGCCUGUGAGGAUAUUGACGUGAUGGGCGGCUGUGUCUUGGGCGGUGGUAUUGCGGUAAACUCUGCGCUGUGGUGGAAGCCUCAUCCGAGAGAUUGGGACAUUAACUUCCCAACUGGGUGGAAGAACAGCGACAUGCAAAAUGAUACUGAUAAAGUAUUCCAGAGAAUUCCAGGAACUUACAUUCCUUCCAUGGAUGGAAAACUAUACUUACAGCAGGGUUUUGAUAGGGUAUCGAAGGGGCUAGAUGCAGCUGGUUUCAAACAAGUCGUGCCGAAUGACCACGCAGAUCAGAAAAAUCACACGUACGGCCACAGCACUUUCUUUAUCGAAAACGCCGAGAGGCAUGGGCCACUGCGGACCUACCUUGUUACGGCGUCUCAGCGGAAGCAGUUCAGUCUGUGGACAAACACAGUAGCCAGAAGGCUAGUCAGAACUGGUGGCCAUGUUACAGGCGUUGAGUUAGAAUGCAAUAAGGGAGGGUCCGUUGGUCCCGGCCACUCCGGAAUCGUCAACGUUACCCCUGGAACCGGCCGAGUCAUUGUUUCUGCUGGGACUUUUGGGUCCGCUAAGCUGCUAUUUAGAAGUGGAAUUGGCCCGACAGAUCAAUUGACUAUUGUGAAGAAUUCUGCUACAGACGGAGCUACUAUGAUCUCGUCUGAUCAGUGGAUCAAUCUUCCUGUGGGCUACAACUUGAAUGACCAUGUUGCCCCUAAUCUCGGACCAAUAAUCUGGCAACAAAUCAAGGGAACAGAUGGCGUUUACCUUGGAGCGGGGACAAUUUCGCGCGGCCGAAUGACUAUCACGCCGCAAUUGACUACACGAGUAUCUACUCCUCCGUAUCUACGCGAUCAAUAUGACAAGGAAGCAGUGAUCCAAGGCAUCGAGUAUAUGAAGGGCGUAUUGAGCCAGAUCCCGAGCCUGACCUGGAUUGCACCAACUGCGAGCCAAAACACUACUGCAUUCGUGAACUCUAUCCCUGCUACUCCAGGAUCCCGAGGAUCGAACCACUGGACUGGUUCCUGCACGAUCGGCACCGACGACGGACGUACUGGUGGUAACGCCGUCGUUGACCUUGACACCAAGGUUUAUGGCACUGAUAAUUUAUUCGUUGUCGAUGCGUCCAUCUUCCCAGGAAUGACCACCGGAAAUCCAUCUGCUGCUAUUAUUAUCGCGUCGGAGCAUGCAGCCGAAAGAAUCCUUGCUCUCAAAACCCCAGCGCAUGUUAAGACACUUUAA